CUGCUCUCCUCCCUGCCGGUUGGCCGUGCGCGGGGGGCUGCCCCCGAACCUGACCGCUCCCCCGCACCUCUCGCAGGAGAGCGAGAGACUGAGGCCCGCCUGCUUCCGCCGGGACGGGAGGCUCCCCUGAGCGCUCCCCGGGCCCCAACAUCACCUGGGCGGGCAGCAGAGCCGGAGGUGCCUUGUGGAGGCGGCCGGGAGAGGCGCAGUAAAGUUGUCCCGUACUCCGGCCGGGACAGGAGGGUGCUGACAGGCUGCUCCGCCCUGCGCCUUCCCCGCCUCGGCUGCUCGGGGGGAACGCCAGCCCGCGGCCGGUGUAGCAGCCUCAGGAAGCGAAGGGUUUGGAGCUGUCAGCUGCUGCAACGUCCCGCUGACGUUUGCUCUCCGCUCUGGGUCUCUGUAGUUAUCUCUGCUGCCAGUUGUACUAGUUCCUGGGACUUUCUCCACAAUCUUAAAAGGAGCUGGUGAUGGUGAGUCCAACUUCAGAGCAAUAUGACAGUUUGCUCCAGCAGAUGUCAGAGAGGAUUGAUGAGGGAUGUGGGGAGACCAUCUAUGUCAUUGGACAAGGAUCAGAUGGGACUGAGUACGGGUUGAGUGAGGCAGACAUGGAGGCGUCCUAUGCCACGUUGAAGAGCAUGGCAGAGCAGAUCGAGGCAGACGUGAUCCUCCUGAGGGAGCACCAGGAGGCCGGGGGCAAGGUGCGCGACUACCUCGUUCGGAAACGUGUGGGUGACAACGACUUCCUGGAGGUCAGGGUAGCAGUGGUUGGCAAUGUGGACGCAGGGAAGAGCACCUUGCUGGGUGUCUUGACUCACGGCGAGUUAGACAAUGGCCGGGGCUUUGCUCGGCAAAAGCUCUUCCGCCACAAGCACGAGAUUGAGUCAGGCCGCACCAGCAGUGUGGGCAAUGACAUUCUGGGCUUCGAUAGCGAGGGCAACGUGGUGAACAAACCUGACAGCCAUGGUGGCAGCUUGGAAUGGACAAAGAUCUGUGAGAAGUCCACCAAGGUCAUUACUUUCAUUGAUCUGGCUGGUCACGAAAAAUACCUGAAAACCACCGUCUUUGGCAUGACCGGCCACUUGCCUGACUUCUGCAUGCUUAUGGUUGGGAGUAACGCUGGGAUUGUUGGAAUGACCAAGGAGCACUUAGGCCUGGCGCUUGCACUAAACGUUCCUGUCUUUGUUGUGGUGACCAAGAUUGACAUGUGUCCUGCUAACAUCCUGCAAGAAACCCUGAAGCUGUUACAGCGACUGCUGAAGUCCCCAGGGUGCAGGAAGAUUCCCGUGCUGGUUCAGAGCAAGGAUGAUGUCAUUGUAACAGCCUCCAACUUCAGCUCAGAGAGGAUGUGCCCAAUUUUCCAGAUUUCAAAUGUUACUGGGGAGAAUCUAGAUUUGCUGAAGAUGUUUCUUAAUCUCUUGUCUCCACGGACCAGUUACAGGGAAGAAGAGCCAGCAGAAUUCCAGAUAGACGAUACUUACUCUGUCCCGGGUGUAGGAACAGUUGUCUCUGGGACGACACUGAGAGGCCUAAUCAAGCUAAAUGACACCCUGCUGCUGGGGCCAGAUCCCCUUGGCAACUUCCUCCCUAUUGCUGUCAAGUCCAUCCACCGCAAGAGGAUGCCCGUCAAGGAGGUGCGGGGAGGGCAGACUGCCUCCUUUGCCUUGAAGAAGAUCAAGCGUUCUUCUAUCCGGAAAGGCAUGGUAAUGGUGUCACCACGCCUGAAUCCACAAGCGUCGUGGGAGUUUGAAGCAGAGAUUCUGGUGCUCCAUCACCCCACCACCAUCAGCCCACGAUACCAGGCCAUGGUGCAUUGUGGCAGCAUCCGUCAGACAGCCACGAUUCUCAGCAUGGACAAGGACUGCCUGCGGACAGGGGACAAAGCCACGGUGCACUUCCGCUUCAUCAAAACCCCGGAAUAUUUACAUAUUGACCAGCGGCUGGUCUUCCGGGAAGGCCGCACCAAAGCUGUGGGUACCAUCACUAAGCUACUCCAGACCACCAAUAACUCACCAAUGAACUCCAAGCCACAGCAGAUCAAGAUGCAGUCAACGAAGAAGGGAGCUGUUACGAAACGAGAGGAUGGUGUUCCCGCUGCUGGGACGGCAGCUGGAGGCCCAGCAGCUGGGGAUGAGGCCCCCUCAACAGCUGCAGCACCACUGACACCUACUGCCCUGCAACCAUUGCCUGCACUGGAUGAAGAGCCCCACAUCCGUGAGGGCAAUAAGUCAAAAGUCGGAGGAGGAGGCCGUCGACGUGGAGGUCAGCGCCAUAAAGUGAAAUCUCAAGGAGCCUGUGUGACUCCUGCCAGUGGCUGCUGAAUUUCUGAUUCCUCCUCUCUCUGAAGAAUUCCUCCCCAUCCCUUCAUUUCUUAUCCAAAAGAUCCAGAGCAGCGUAAACCAAAACCCAUCCCAGCUGAUUGGCUGCAGAAGAAUCGUCCCUCCUCCCUGCAGGAAGCGAUGGAGAGGAGCAUAAUUUAUAAGCUAAUGAAGGUGAUAAGACAGAGAACUGAGUAACUGACACCUUCCUCCUCCACCUGUCGACACAUUUUUGUACAUCAUGGGCUUAGUUUUUAUUCUUA